GCGGCGGAGUGACUUCUCUCGUUGCCUCGCAGAUCUUUGGCCGAGUCAGCCUCUUAAAGCGAUCACCUGCUGGCGUUGCGUCUGUGAGAGUCGUGUUUACGUUGUUCCCUCCUCCGUUUCGUUUUCCACCUCCAGCCGUCGUCAGCGGAGGGUAACAGGAGACUGCGGCCGCACUCGGACAUCACGGGGCGGCGUCAGACACGGAAACCGGCCCGCAGUUAACGGCUCCUAUCUGUGGAUGUGAAUAAGCCCUGCUGUCCGCCAGCUUCAGGUCUGAGAUGAGCGGAAGAGUUGAAGACCUCAGUGCCAAGCAGGCUGAGGCGCUGGAACAAUUUCGAUCGAAGAUACAAGACAUUCUUCCUCAACUUCCUGCACAGGAUGACCACUUCCUGUUGCGCUGGCUCCGAGCAAGAAACUUCAAUGUGCAGAAGUCCGAGGCCAUGCUGCGAAAGCACCUGGAGUUCAGGAAACACAUGAAAGUGGACACAAUAACCACCGACUGGCAACCACCAGAGGUGAUAGAGAAGUAUCUCUCAGGAGGAAUGUGUGGCUACGACCGCGAAGGCAGCCCCGUCUGGUACGACGUGAUUGGACCCGUGGACCCCAAAGGACUCUUCCUGUCUGCCUCCAAGCAGGACUUCAUCAAGUCCAAGAUCAGAGACUGCGAGAUGCUGCAGAAGGAAUGCGACCUGCAGUCAGAGAGACUGGGCAGGCAUAUCGAGUCGAUCACGAUGAUCUACGAUGUUGAAGGUCUGGGGCUGAAGCACUUAUGGAAACCUGCGAUAGAAACAUAUGGAGAGAUCCUCCAGAUGUUUGAAGAUAACUACCCAGAAGGCCUGAAGAGGCUGUUUGUAAUUAAAGCUCCUAAACUCUUUCCUGUGGCCUAUAACCUCAUCAAGCACUUUCUGAGUGAAAUCACGCGGCAAAAGAUCCACAUCCUGGGGGGAAACUGGCAGGAGGUUUUACUGAAGCACAUCGACGCAGAAGAGCUGCCGGCCAUUUACGGAGGCAAGGCGACGGAUCCUGAUGGAGAUCCUCGCUGUCGGACCAGGAUAAACCACGUUGGACCGGUUCCUCCCUCCUACUACGUGCGGGAUCAUGUCAACGUGGAUUACGAACACGUCCUGACCGUCAGUCGAGGUUCUUCUCAACAGCUGGACUUUGAGAUCCUGUUCCCGGGCUGCGUCCUCCGGUGGCAGUUCUCCUGCGAAGGCGCAGACAUCGGCUUUGGGGUGUUUCUAAAAACGAGGAAGGGUGAGUGGAAGAAAGCGUCUGAAAUGCAGGAAGUGAUUCCCAGCCAGCGGUACAACGCUCACCUGGUUCCUGAGGACGGGUCGCUGACCUGUGAGCUGCCAGGAGUCUAUGUGCUGAGGUUUGACAACACGUACAGCAUCUUCCAGGCCAAACGGGUCAGCUACACGGUGGAGGUUCUGCUGCCGGACCGGCUCCAGUCCCAGCAGGAAGCCCAGACCAACGGGACCGGCAAGACGUCCAGGGACCAGCUGAGAGACGCACAGACUCGGCUCUGACGAUAAGUUCAGGACGGAUUAAACGAUGAAACAAGCACAGCCUGACGUACUUGAUGUAAAUCGGACCUUGCUGCUCUCGCAUUUUUACUGUGAAGUCCAGUUUAAUGCUGCGCCUGGGUACUAACUCUGUUUAAAAUGUUUUUUUCAACCAAAAAUUAAACAAAAAUGAGCUCAAAUUAGUUUUUUUUUCUCCCUCUAUUAUUAAAAGCCAUCAGAAAUGAAUCAUUAAGUCAUGAGGAGUAACAGUGGGCAAUAAAUAUGCAAAGAUAAGUUUUGAUUUAAAAUCAGACGUUUUUUUGAACUAAUAACAUUCCUGUUGGUUUGCGAAGAGAAAUCAGACAGAAUCCAGAAAUUGUAGAGCUCUGAAUGUUUUUCUUUAUGCAGUUCUUCCAACAUUUCAUUCCAGUUCACAGAUGAACCUGCAUUCAGACCAGCGGAGGGAGAAACUCUGAUCUGAGCCACCAGGACUGAGACAACAUUUACAUUUAGAGAGAAACGAGACCAUGUUCCUAGAAAAACAUUUACACAAUCAACAAACAACCAAAACAAUCUGGGCCCAAAAUCCAAACGCAUCUCUGCCUCUCAAGUGAGGCUGAUGGAAAACAGCAGGUCGUUGUCAUCACUGCUUCCAUGGCAACACAUGACCAGGUGACCUCAGGUGACCUCAGAGAAAACUUCCCAGAAGACAGGAAGUACAAAAACCAGCAGCUGCUGGGAGGCGCUGAAUCCCCCACAAUUCGUUUCAAACGUUUCAGUUUGAAGGAUCAAAUUUUAAAUAAAGCAAAUUUAUUUUAUAUGUCGGCCAGAAAAACAAAUGCAUAAAAUUACAGGAAUAAAGUCAUAAACUUCCAACUUUAUUCAGGUGAUACAGCAACUUCAUUCUCAUAUUAUUAUUUUUAUUUUUGUGUAUUAAUUUCAAGAAUGCUAAAAAUGAAGUUUUCCUUUAUAACAAAAAAUAAUAAGACUUGGUAACAUUUAUUUAUUGUCUGUUAUGCUUAUAAACUCCAUGAUGUCAAAUUUAACUGCAUUGAUAGACAAUCAGUGAUUUAAUAUUAUUCAUAUAUUUGCCUAAAACUUUUGCAAACUGUUGAUUAAAAACAAUCAGGAGAGUUAAUACGUCGUCUGCAGCAUUUGGUGUAAACAUUAAUGUUACAUUCCUAAUUAUUACUAGUUAGUUACAAAUAGUUAAAUAUUGAUCAUUUGCAUAAAAGCUGAAUCAUAAAUACAUGUGAAAAUUAUUCAAAUUUAAAUUAGAUGCAGGGAAAUUAAAUCGCUGUUUAGAAAAUAAAAUUUAAUUUUUACAAGAAUUGAUAAUUUAAUGAUAAUAAACUAAUUAAUAUUAUUUUUAAGCAUCAAUUUGACAGAAUGGCUGUUUGAACUAAUCUUCCAAUUGUUCGUUCCACCGGAGCGUCAGAAUGUAUCAAUAUAUUUGAAGAUAUGAUUGAAUGUCAUUAUUUCAUAAGUUUUAUACUUUAAAACAUUUUUUGUGUAAAUUUUACAUUUGCAUGGCCCAUUUCUGGUUGAAAUUAUCCAUAAAUAUUCUGUAUUUAAUCAUCUUUAUAGAGUCUUGAUUAUCAAUAAGUUAUUUGAUCAGAUGAAAAUCAGUGGGAGGUUCAGCUCUGCUACGGACGACGUGAUUGGUCCACAGCUAAAGGUCUGUGCAUGUUAACCAAUCAAAUGUCAGGAUCUAUAAAACUUUGUGAUAGCUAAAUUAUUUAACAAUUAACUGUAAAAUAACUUGGUUACGUUAUGAUGGUAUUGAAAUAAUUAAAAUAUGCUUUAAUUAUUUAAAAGGUAUUUUAUACCUCAUUAAAUUUUCACAUGCUGGAAAUUUUACAAAACUUUCAUAGAAAAUUUCUGAGAUCUCAUAAUUUCAGAUUUUUUCUAUAAAAUUUUUGACUCUUUAAACUCAAAUGUUUUUUGUGAAAAUUGUUCCCUUUUGGUAUUCGAGCCAAAAAACUCAAAUUUUCUAGAAUUAUUUAAAUGAAAUACAUUUAAUUAAAAUGUAUUUUAAUUGAGUAAUUAUUUAAUUACUGAAGUUAAUUCCAGUUUUAAUUAUUAGCUUUGAUGUUUAUGUUUUAUGCAUUUUUAAUAUCAAUAUGUUAUUUUUAUUUAAAAGUAUUAUUUUUAUAUAAACUAUUAAUUCUAUAAAUAUUUGAUGAUCAUAUCUGAAUAUUCAGACACACUAAUCAUCUCCAUUUGAGACAUUUAAUUUAUUUUGGAGUAUUAAUUGUCAAACUGUUUGUUCCACUGUGGUUUUAAUGGAAUUGAUGUAAAUGUUGGUAUAAAUAUGAUUUAUGGGGAUUUUCCACUAAUUAACCAAUGACUAAAUAUGUUUUCUAUGUAUAUAUUGAUUUCUUACUAUGCAGCAAAACAAGCAUUCUAGCAUUUAUCACAAUGUGUAUAAAGUUUGUUUUUUUGUGUUCAAUGGCAAAAAUAUUUAAAACAAAAACACUGCAAUGAAGUUUACAUCUUGUCUGAAGUUUGUUUAAUGAAAUGUCAUGUUUAAAAGAUGCUGAUGUUAAAUUUCUGAUCAUUUUUCAUUCCUGGACGAACCAACUUUCACAAACAUUUCUAUGAAUAUUCAUCAUAAUCAAGAGUUUGUGAGAAAACUAACCUUAUUUAUGCAACAUAGUAUUAUAUCUGAACUUGUUGCCUGUUGAGGUAAAUGAGUUUAGUUGUUUCACGAAGUUUAUGCAGUCAAAUAAUUGCUGGAUGUAGAUUGAGGUCAAGAUGAAAUCUGUUUUUCUCAGCAAUACUAAAUUAUUCCUGUCUUUGGUUUUAUGUAUGUUUAUUUUUGCAGAUUAAUUCAGGUGUUGCUGUUUGAUUUUGUGUGUAUAAUUAAAGCUGGAUUUAGAUUUUUA